CGGGCACCCCCUUAAAUCCAUCCCUGACUAACGUGUUACAUCUACGCUCUUGAAAAAGUAAAGAAUUGGGACGUGAUAUCGCAAUCUCAUUGGAUGGUGUUAGGGACAAGAAUUUGACGCAGCUGAAGAAGCUCAACACCGCCCUCUUCCCUGUCCGCUACAACGACAAGUACCACACCGAUGCAAUCGCCUCCGGCGAAAUCACCAAGCUAGCUGAACAUAUUAAAAGAGUUCGAGAUAAGGUCUAUGGGCAGCAGUCUGCUAUGGAAAAUUCUCCCAAGCGCUCAUCUCCUGUGAAUAGGUUUUCGAUCUUCUUCGUUAAAUGCUUCAAUUGGCCAUCAAAUUCUGCCCAAAGUCUCGACUCCCGCUCUCCACCAUCUUCCGCAGACUCACCACAUCCGCUGCUGCCCUCGUGGUUUCUUAUAAGGAGUCAUCAAUCAGCACCCCCUACCCCAUCACUCCUCCCCGAUCUUCCUCUGCAAGAAAUGAAGCUGCCCAAAAAUUACUAUUUCUCUUCAGUGGUCUCUCUGCCAAGGGACACACUGUCGAGAAAUUGUGCCACGACCGUAGAUUUGGAGGCUUGCUAUCGAGGGUGAAUGCGUCCGAAGUGGAGAACAUUGUUGAAUGGUUGAGGCUCAAAAAGCCGCACUUGGCUGUAGACUUCUUCUUCUUAGCUAAAAAGCAUGAUUUCAAGCACUCUAUGUGCUGUCAGUUCACUGUGUCUCAUGUUUUGGCAAGAAAGCGGCAACUAAGGGAGUUGAGGUCCCUGUUGCAGGAAAUUGUUAGAGAAGAAGUGCUUUGCAUCGCAGAAAUGACCACGAGUCGUGGUAUCAGUUUGACUGUUUGGUGGAGAAAUAUCACUUAAAUGUGGGCUAGAUUUAAGAGCAUAUGGAAGUAGGAAGGCCUUUUGUUCUGAUGAGGGAUAUCUUGUUACCUCACGCCCUCACUACAUUGUAUAUCAUUAUUGAGCUCUCUUUGUGUAUUGUGGCUGAUACUGAGGACAUAAAGUCUACCUUUGGAUAUAGUGAAACCAAAAAAGGUUUUAGUUGUUGAAAGAGUGAUAGAAGCCCUGGAUUGCAGAGUGGAAGAGUUUCUAUUGUGGGAACAGUGAAAAAGCGAGACAUAUUCGGGGCCAGAGGAAGCGAGUGAUGGUGGGCUUGGAAAAUGGCUAUGGUAUUGAUUUUAGAUGAACUACUGAUUUGGACAGCUCUUCUUUUCACUUGUUACUUAUCUAGAGCUUUUGCCGAGAAGCUUUUGAAGGAGUAACUUUAACCAACCAUGGUGCUUAAACAACAAGGUUGUCAGAGUUGUUGUCUUGACUGAGGAAUUGGAUUUACAAGGUGGCAUUUGGUGCACUACUGCUCGACAUGGGAGUACUUCAUAUUGCUCAGAGCUUGAAAGCAGAGGCUUGGAGUGAUGAGGUGGGAGAACGGGCUCAUGAUUUUUAUCUUGUUACGGGUUAAAGUUGUAACUGGAUUGAAAUAAUCAUAAAAUGUAUUGGGGAACUCAAAAGUCUGCUUUUCCAGAGAGUUAAAACUUCAUUGUUGUUUUUCUGGGCUCUUAACAAGCUAAAAGAAGGGCUGCAAGAUGAGAUUAGAUAACUGAAAUCAUUCAACAAGUACAAGCAGGCAUCAAGAUCCUAUGCAUAAAUAUCCUUCAAUCUGGAGGGAUAACAUAACAAGUUUUGAAGAGAAUGAUUUCCAGGUAUCACUUAUUCAGUUUUGCAUUGUAGAAAUGUCUUUUAAUUUUGGGUUAAAAAUUUGUCAUGAGAUGUCUGUUUUCAUCAUCACCACCACCACCAGCCCACCACCACCUUAAUGUAUUGUCAAUAAAUAACUCUAUUUACUUAACACUACGUUAACAAAAAAAAGUCACUGUGAUGAUUAAGCCGGAUGUCUUUAAUGCUGUAAACCUUCUAAAUAAGGAAUAAUAAUGUCCAAACCGCAAACCUGUCAUCAUAAUUCCUACUUUCAUAGAAAAUAUUACAAGACAGCGAUAAAAAAGUACUUUUUGUAGUCAUGCCUCAUUGCAAAGUUAAGCAGGCUAAUUUUAUGGGACCCGCUUUGGCAACAGAGUUGUAUCCUGUAAUUUUUGUUUCAAUUACUUGACGUUCCAACAAUGUGCCACAGAUGUGUGCACACUUAAAUGCUCCCAGACAAUUUUGUAAUUAGAUUAGAAAUUAAAAUUUACAUAUUCAUAAAAUACAUUAAAAACUCUAUAAAGUUUCAAAAUUUAAAUUCAAUUAUAAUAAAGUUGAUAUAUAAAAUUAGAUAUCAAAAGUGAAUUGUGUUGACCGGUGAAGAGUGAAGUGUAACUAUUAUUCUAGUACGAGGUAGUAAUAACAUUUUGUUAUCAAGCUUCUUCAACACAAAUUUAGUUUCCGAGCUCAUUCUGAAAUUGGGAUUAGGGUGCUGAUGAUGUUCUUUCCUCAGCUUAUUCAUAUGCAUCUAGGGAAUACACUUGGACAUGAACCCAUUAGCAGUUCACCUUCACCUUCACAUCCAAAUGCAUUCAAAGAACAGACCACUCAAUAAUGUUGGAUGGGUUGGAUGGAAAUUGGUUCUUUGCAACAAAACUUUAGUGUGGGUCAAGUGGUUCAAAAAGAAGUCCCAGGUUUGGAUGAGAAAAUCACAAUAUUUUGAUUUUCCAUGAAAUAAACCUAGAGUAAUGUUGUAAAAUCAACUUGGGGUGGUUCAAUUGGAACAUGAUUGUGGUCUUGUUCUCGUAACCUUUUUUACUUGUAUUUACUUUGAUUGAGUAGAUUAGACCAAAAAGAUUUGAAUCAUACCAAAUGAGAUCAGAUGUUGUAAUUUAGACAAAAGAAAUAAGACUGAUCAUAUAACAUACAAAAACCAAACCAGAUCUGAAAGAUUCAGAAUAGACCCAGCCAGAUCAAGAUCAUCUAGGCUCAGGGGAUUUUGCAUUGAUUCUUAUUUUCCUUGUUUAUAAUACAAAUCAAUUUCUGAAUGAAAAAGUAGUUCUUUUUUAGUGGAAAAAUUUAAAGAUAGGUACCAAAAGUGUUGGUGUCACAAUGACUAAAUACUAAACAAUGGGGGAGGGGGAGUUAAAUUGAUAAAAACUCUCCAGUCAAAAUAAAAUGGUGUUAGAUGAAGAAGAACAUAUCUAUCACAUGCAUGUGAUAUUAUGAGGAACAACAUUAUAUACUACUUACUCCCUACGGAGUAUAUCAUCAUUGUCAUCGUUACUUCAGUGCUGCAAAGUCUCCCACUUAUGAUGGGAUAAUACGGAGUACUCCCUUCGUUCACCAUUUUGCCAAUAAAAUAAAGUGUAGGGCACAAGCCCCACAGCUAUUCGUGAAAAUAUAUUGCGCGAAUGGAGUCUUCUUUUGUCCUUGAUUUUUUGCAUACAAUGUAAACUGCAAAUGAAGUUGUGAAUGGGGUUCUUCACCAUGCUGUGUGACCUCACGUGUUGUUCUUCGUUUAUAAAUGGGAUUUAUAGAAGAAGUGUGUAGUUUGUCGGUGUGUCCUUCGUCUUCGCCGGAAAAAUCCUUUACCUUUAGUUUCUCCUUUGUCUUCUAACUGGAAAACAUUAUCACUUGAUUGUUAUGAUUAGUCACAGUUCAUUCAGUGCCAUCCUGCUGGGAGGGUAAUCGUGACUGACCUCAAAGCAAGGAACGUGCAAUAAGGCUUUUGCUAUGCAUCCAACGACUCUCUUCUUAGGUGCAACGACUCUCUUCUUAGUAUUUAUUUGUUUAUCCUCCACCCCCGUACGUUCUUUUAUAAACUCCGCCAAUAAUGCGUAUUCUGCGCGUUCUGAAUGUGAAAGCAUUUUAUUAUUCUCUUCUAUUCCUAAGGUAUACUUGUGAAUGUAAUUGGCAAGAGUUGUUUACCUUUGCACGUACACAAUCUCAAACAGGGGAUUUCUUGUAACAAAAGAGCUUUGGUAUAUACUACGUAUACAAUAAC